AUGCGGAUUUUCUAUUGGAAUAUUCGAGGUGUUCGAAAGGCAGCGGCUUCUAGAGCGUUGCAUAUUUUUCUUCGUGAUUACUCCCCUGAUGUGGUGUGUAUUGCAGAGCCCAUGGUGGAUUCUUUCUCUUUCCCUGAUCGUUUUUUUAAUCGACUGGGAUUCAUGUCUGAAUUUAUCCAUAACUCCCGUCUUGAUAAAGUGCCAAACCUCUGGGUAGUCUGGAAAAAUUCUCUUGCGAGGCCUGUGGUGGUUCAGUCUUCAGAGCAGAUGAUUUCAGUUUCUAUGCAAUGGAAUGGUCAGCAGGUUGUGGUUUCUGUGAUUCAUGCUUCGUGUUUCAGGGCAGAGCGUAGGAAUCUUUGGGUGGAGAUGGGCAUUGUGGCUGCACUGUUCUGUCCAUGGGUUGUUUUGGGGGACUUUAAUGCCACAUUAUAUUCCCAUGAGAAGAGGGGUCCUGGUAGAUUCAAUGUGGGUUCCGCAGCAGAGUUCCAGGCCAUGGUGGAUGCUUGUGAUUUGAUUAGCUCUCCUUCCCAAGGAUCAAAUUUUACCUGGACAAACAAUAGAUGUAGAGGACAUGUGGCGGCAAGGCUUGACAGAAGUUUUUUCAAUGCUCAAUGGUUGGAUGCUUUUGGUGAUUGUGGUCAGAAGGUGCUCCAUAGAUCAAUUUCAGAUCAUGCUCCAAUCCUUUUUUCCUCAGCUGCGAUUCCUAAGCCUCGAAAUGCCCCUUUCAGACUUCAUCGUUUUUGGAUGAAAGAGGAAUCCUUUGUGGACCUGGUGAGGGAUGUGUGGUCUAGGGAGGUUAGGGGUGGUCCCAUUGGCAGGCUGGCAUAUAAAUUAAGGGCAGUUAAGGGUGCUCUAAAAGGGUGGGCAAGACAGACUUUCCCUAACUUGGAUGUAGCUCUUAAAGAGGCUACUGCAGAAGUGGAGGAAGUCCAGCAAACUAUUGACCAGAUAGGGAUGUCUGAUGAGUUAUACUCCAGAGAAGCAGAGGCGAAAUCUAAGCUCUUGAAAGCAGUGGAGAUGCACGAAAAGCUUUGGGCUGAAAAAGCUCGCUGCAAUUGGGCAAAACUUGGAGACCGUAACUCAAAAUUUUUUCAUCUAUCGGUUAAGGUGCGACGUAUAAAAAACAGCAUUCGUGCUUUGAAAAAACAAGAUGGUACAAUGGUCUCUGAGCCGCUGCAGAUGGCAGAUUAUGUGUCUUUUUUUUUUGAAAAUUUUCAUAAAGCGGACCAUUGCAUAGAUCAUAUGGAGCUGUUGCAGGUGAUACCUAAUGAGGUGAAUAGGGAGGACUCUUCCAUAUUAGAAGCUAUUCCUGCCAAAGAAGAGAUUAAGAAGGUGGUAUGGGGGUUGGAUCCAGAUAGCUCUCCUGGUCCUGAUGGGUUCCCAGGUGCUUUCUUUAUACAGUGUUGGGAGAUAGUGGGUGACGAUUUUUGUGGGGCUGUGAUUGCUUUCUUCCGCGGUGGGAAGCUUCCGAAUGGGGUAAAUAACAGUUUUGUGACGUUAAUUCCAAAGGUGGAGGGAGCGAUCUCUCUGGAUAAAUUUCGCCCCAUCUGCAUGGCAAACUUUUUCUGUAAAGUCCUAUCAAAGAUCAUGGCUGAGAGGUUAUCUUGCCUUCUUCCUCGAUUGGUGUCAGAUGAGCAAGGGGCGUUCCAGAAAGGUAAGAUUAUUUCAUCUAAUAUUGGAUUAGCCUCUGAGCUUGCUAAUUUAUUACAUACAUCUGUCAGAGGGGGUGGCAUGGGUAUUAAGAUUGACGUGCAGAAAGCCUAUGACACAUUGUCAUGGGAUUUUCUUUUUGCAGUCUUGAAAAAAUUUGGCUUUUCGGAUGUUUGGUUGGCUUGGAUUCAUGAAAUUUUGGUUUCUUCUAGAAUUUCAGUUUUAUUGAAUGGUGGUCCAGUGGGUUUCUUUGGAGUUGAGAAAGGAGCAAAACAUGUUAGAUGUCUGAGAGAAUUCUUGAUUAAUUACCAAGAUUUUUCUGGCCAAAAAAUAAGCUUGGAGAAGAGUAAGGGAUGGCAAGGCAAACUCCUUUCAAUGGCUGGUCGUGCAGAGCUCAUUCGGUCUGUGAUCUUAGUGAAGAAAAUCACUGUGAAAUGGGAAGAGAUAUGCCGACCUAAGGAGGAAGGGGGUUUAGGUAUCAGGCGACUGAGGGAUGUCAACUGUGCAGUGAUUAGCAAACUUGUGUGGCAAAUGAAGCAUGAAGAAUCUGCUUUUAGUUCCUUUUUGCGGGCUAGAUUUGUGAAUGAAGGUGGAGACCUCAAGAAGGGUUAUAGAGCAUCUUCAGUGUUUAAAGGUAUUGCGAAGAUGUGGAAUUUUGUAUCUCUAUCUGAGCGGUGGAUGUCUGAAUUUUUAAAGGAUAUAUUCAAAGCUAUAGGGAAUAUAUCUUUGCCACAGGGUCAGAAAGACCGAUGCUGUUGGUCUCUAUCCUCCUUAGGAGCUUUCUCCACUAAAUCGGCCUGGGAAGCAUUGAGAAAGGUUUCUCCUAAAGUGGGCUGGGCAAAAAUGGUGUGGAGCUCGGUUUUGAUCCCCCGCCAAUCAGUUUUUGGCUGGAGACUUAUACAUGGAAAGCUUCCUUGUGAUGACAAGGUAAAAAGAAAAGGAGUGCUGCUCCCUUCUAGGUGUGAGGUGUGCAAUAAGGCUGAGGAGUCUAUAAAUCACUUGUUCGUGAAAUGUGAUGGAGCUGUCUACAUUUGGAGGGCGUUUGCUGAAGUCUUUGGUUUUCAUUGGUCCUAUCAGGGGGAUGAUUUUUUAGCUCAUGCUUCAUGGUGGACUCAAAAAUCCAAAUCCAUUGGUCUGUCUCAAUUGUGGAUGGCUGGUUUGAUUCUUGUUCCAUACUUUAUUUGGAUGGAAAGGAAUUCGAGAAGAUUUAGGGGUCUACAUCGAUCUUAUGGUCAAGUCUUUCAUACAAUAAUAGAGGAGAUUAGAAGACGUGGCCCAGGAAAAAAUGACAGAAUAAAAUCUCGACUUGAUUCUGAGAGAUGCUUGAAGCUUAAUAUAGAGGUGCCAAGAAGGAAGACUAAAGGGGUCCAAGAAAUUUUCUGGCUGCCUCCGAUGGAUGGAUGGUGGAAGCUAAAUUGUGAUGGCUCGUCCUUGGGUAAUCCAGGGAAUGCUGGAGCAGGUGGCAUUAUAAGGAACAGCAAGUGCCAGAUUGUAGCGAUUUAUAGCUCCUAUUUAGGAAUAGCUUCAAAUUUCCAUGCUGAAUUUAACGCUUUAAUUGAAGGAAUUGAGAGAGCUAGAGAGCUGAAUUGUGCAUCUCUGUGGAUUGAAUGUGAUUCGGGCGCUGUGAUGGCUGCUAAGAAGGAAGCAUCUACAUCAGUGGUGGAAUGGCCUCCUGAGGUGCUUGAUUUCAUGGCUGAGGAUGCGAUGGGCAUAUCGCGUUUCAGAUUUUAUUAG